AUGGCGCUCUCCUCGCCUGCCUUCGUGGUUGCCUCCAAGCCGGCUCUCCCGAGCUUGGAGGCGCGCCUUGAUGCUGCUCAGUCCCGCGGCCCCCAGACUUUCGUGAACGGAAACUCUGAGGACCCGUCCGUGAAGUAUGCAGUCACAUCUAUGGCAGCCACUUUCACCGUGGCCGGUGCUCUUCGUUGGCGCCAGCAGCGCAAGAAGGUGAGCGUGCGACGGGCCGCGGGCGGCGGGCCCUCAACUGCGGUAGUGGCUUCACCCCAGGAGACGUAUCAGGAGAUCGUGGACAAGGCCGAGUAUCUGCGUGAUCAGCCCUUCUGGAAGACUUUCCAUGCAGGCUUCAUGGGCGGUUGCUACGUUGGCAUGGCAGGUCUCCUGUCCUUGGUCAUCGGCGGCAACGUCACGCACGAGUUCAUCAACCAGAAGGCCAUCUUCGCUGCCCUCUUCCCGAUCAACUUGCUGCUGGUGCUUCAGACUGGCGGACAGCUCUUCACCGGCAACUCGGCCACCAUGGCCAUCGGCGUCUUCGAGGGCAAGGCCAAGGUGAAGGAUUUGUUGCGAAACUGGGCAAUCGCCUAUGUCGCCAACAUCCUGGGUUGCCUGUUGAUUGACUGCGUUGCUCGCUACACUGGCCUGUUCACAGCGGGUGCUGCCGAGAUGGCUAUCCACACGGUGCAGAAGAAGUGCGGCUCCACUUUCGGACAGACGGUGGUGAAAGGCAUCAUGUGCAAUUGGCUGGUGUGCAUGGCCGUCUGGCUCUGCACGAUGGCCAAGGAUCUCUCGGGCAAGAUGGUGGGAGUUUGGUUCCCGAUCUCCAUGUUCAUCGCCAUCGGCUUUGAGCACUCCGUGGCCAACAUGUUCAUCCUUCCUGCUGGACUCUUCUCGGGCGCACCACUCACCGUGUGGGACGUGCUGAUCAAGAACCUCAUCCCUGUGACCAUCGGCAAUGCCAUUGCGGGGGCUUUUGUCGUCGGUGCCGGCAUGUCGUUCGCCUUCGGCAAGCUCGGAAAGAAGUGA